CCUAUUAUAUCAUUCCACCUAUCAAACCGGCGCAACCGCAACAAUAUAAACCGGUUUGAAAACGUUGGUAGACUUCCAUCUCCAUAUUUCAUUUCCGUGUUCCGGCGCUAAAAUUUCAAAGAGAUGAAUUGUCGUUUCGCUCCUGAACUGGAAUCGUUUCCCCGAGAUUUUGCCAUUCGGAUUUCGUCGGAGGGGGGGGGGGGGGGGGGGGGGGGGGGGGGGGAGAGAGAGAGAGAGAGAGAGUCGAGCUAAGGGUUUUCGGUUCGCAGGCCGAGAGGGGAAAGCAGGGAGCAAGGCCGCGGCGUCCUCCAGCUCUGUUGCGAAGAAGCAGCGAAAUUGAUCUGGAAGAGGAGAGAGAGAAAGAAAUAAGAAAAAUCGAAAUCUCUGAUACCGCCAUCAUCGCUUGUUAUAGCUGGCAUUCUGUUCCCUCUUCGCCGUCGAUAGAGAAAGGAAGGCAGCGAAUUGGGAAGAGGUCGGAGACAACGAAGGGCCAAUCGUUACUUCAUUUCCCCCCUGCGGCAGCGACCAGCGAGGCUGGUUUCAAUUGCUCAUUUCUCCGUCAAUUCCAUCGUCGUCGAGUUUUCCUGCUUACUGAAAGAACAGUAGCGAAAGCCAUUAGUCAAAGGAGGGGGCGGGUAGACGGCAAUUGAGAUAUCGGAGAUCAGAUCGCGGUGGUUAAGUUUGGAACUUGGUAGUUGGGUCAGUGCAGCCCGCUGUACUCCGACAUGCUGCUUUCCUAUCAUCGAUCGUCGUCCUUCUUCCUUCAUUGUGGGAUAAUUUGUGUGAGUUUUUCAUGAUAAGCCCUCGGAUUGGUCCGCUUUGAUUAUCUCUACUCUUAGUGUAGGAUUGAAGGCUCUCUUUGUAUUCGGUAUCUAAUCCAUUGUGCUUGGGGAACCUUUUUUCAGAUCUAGAUUUCGUUAUAUGCUAUGGAUACGAGUCCUUCCCGUACCUCUCUCGAUCCAGUGGUUGUUUGAAUCUAGACGAGUUUAAGCAGCUUGUUCAUUAAGUGCUGCUGUCGCUCCAGAAUGACUAUGGGUCAUCUCGCAGAAACUGGUUCACUUCAGAAUGAAGUCAGCAGUGCCCUUCACAAGCCUACAAAGGGUACUUUCGCCUGCAUGAUUAAUUCUGAAAUAGGUGCAAUUUUGGCUGUGAUGAGGAGGAAUGUGAGGUGGGGUGUUCAGUAUAUGGCAGAUGAUGAUCAGCUGGAGCAUAAUCUUAUACAUUCCUUGAAAGAAUUAAGGAAACAGGUCUUUACAUGGCAGCAAGAAUGGCAUCAAAUCGACCCGGCUAUAUACCUCAGUCCGUUUUUGAAUGUAAUUAGAUCUAUGGAAACUGGUGCACCAAUCACGGGAGUUGCUUUGUCUUCUGUGUAUAAGAUACUGACACUUGAUGUACUUUCUGUGAACACGGUGAAUGUGGGAGAGGCUAUGCGACUGAUUGUUGAUGCUGUUACAAGCUGUAAAUUUGAGGUUACUGAUCCUGCCUCCGAAGAAGUAGUGUUAAUGAAGAUUCUUCAGGUCCUGUUAGCCUGCAUGAAAAGUAAAGCCUCAUCUAAGUUGAGCAAUCAACGUGUGAUUAAUAUAAUAAAUACUUGCUUCCGCGUGGUACAUGAAGCUAGCUCUAAAGGAGAAUUGUUGCAGAGGAUAUCUCGUCACACAAUGCAUGAAUUGGUUAGAUGUAUUUUCUCACGCCUACCCUCUCUCAAGAUUGAAAAGCUAGACAAUGGAAGCUCAAGUGUUGGAACAGAGGAACUCGAGGAGUGUAGUUUUGGAGGUGCACAAGCAGAAAAUGGUCCUAUGAGGGGUGGAAAUGACGGCCCUACUUCAACAAGUGAUUCGUCAAGUGAUCUCACAAGUGGAUUAAGACAUGCGAAGGAUUUGAAUGAUUUUGUUAUUACUAGUGAGGUGGAAGCUCAAAGUAACACUGAGAAAGAUAUGGCAGAGCCAUUUGGAGCUGGCUGCAUGGUUGAUAUAUUUCAGUUCCUAUGCUCUCUUUUGAAUGUUGUCGAGCACAUAGAAAUUGGUCCUAGAUCAAAUCCCGUUGCAUAUGAUGAAGAUGUUCCGUUGUUUGCUUUGGGUUUGAUCAACUCGGCUAUUGAACUGGGGGGUCCCUCAUUCAGAGAACACCCUGAAUUGAUAUCCUCGAUUCAAGACGAUUUGUUUUGCAAUUUGACGCAGUAUGGUUUGUCGAUGAGCCCGCUGAUUCUUUCGACAGUAUGUAGCAUUGUUCUCAAUCUUUAUCAUCAUUUACGUGCGGAGCUGAAGGUACAGUUGGAAGCAUUCUUUUCAUGUGUACUUUUGCGAGUUGCUCAGGGCAAGCACGGGUCCUCAUAUCAAUUACAGGAAGUUGCAAUGGAGGCUCUGGUUGAUCUGUGCAGGCAACCAACAUUCAUGACUGAAAUGUAUGCUAAUUUUGAUUGUGACAUAGCAUGCAGCAACGUUUUUGAAGACAUAGCUAACCUGCUGUCCAAGAGCUCUUUUCCAGUAAAUGGUCCAUUGUCUGCUAUGCAUGUUGUUGCAUUAGAUGGCAUGACAUCAAUGAUUCAGGGUAUAGCUGAUAGGUUGGGCAGCGAUAUGUCUGUUUCCGAAGUGGCUGCUACAGAAGAUGACAAAAGAUUCAAGGCAUUUUGGACAAUAAAAUGUGAGAAUUUCGCUGAUCCUAAUGUUUGGAUUCCCUUUGUUCAGAAGAUGAGAAACAUUAAGCAAAGACUGAUGGUUGGAGCCAAUCAAUUUAAUCAGAAUCCGAAGAAAGGAUUAGAUUUUCUUCAACAAACAUAUCUUUUACCUGAUAAACUUGACCCCCAAAGCGUGGCAUCUCUCUUUAGGUAUACUUCUUGUUUGGAUAAGACACUUAUUGGAGAUUUUCUAGGAAAUCAUGAUGAAUUUUGUAUUCAUGUGCUUCAUGAGUUUGCUAGAACCUUUGAUUUUGAAGGGAUGAAUCUAGAUACAGCAUUGCGCCUCUUCCUGGGAACUUUCCGGUUGCCUGGGGAAUCACAAAAAAUACAGAGGGUGCUGGAAGCAUUUGCUGAGAGAUACUAUGAACAGUCCCCUGACAUAUUAGCCAACAAGGAUGCUGCUCUAUUGCUCUCUUAUUCACUUAUCAUGUUGAAUACUGAUCAACACAAUGUGCAGGUUAAGAAAAAAAUGACAAAAGAAGACUUUGUUCGCAAUAAUCGCCAUAUUAAUGAUGGAAAAGACCUUCCCAGGGAGUACCUUCUAGAGCUUUACGGCUCAAUAUGUGAGAAUGAAAUUCAGUUGAUUCCUGAGCAAGUUGCUGGUUUUCCUCUGAUGACAGCUGGGUGCUGGGUUAAUGUAGUCCACAAAUCUAAAAUUGUCAACCCUUUUAUCGUUUGUGAUUCUGGAACCCUCCUUGACCAUGAUAUGUUUGCCAUUUUGUCUCGCCCAACAGUUGCUGCUCUCUCUGUAGUUUUUGAUCAGUCAGACCAAGAAGAGGUUUUGCAGAUGUGUAUCAAUGGAUUCCUGGCUAUUGCUAAAAUUUCUGCUCAUUAUCAUCUACUUGAACUGCUGGAUGAUCUCAUCGUGUCCCUCUGCAAGUUUACUGGCCUGUUAACACCAUUAUUCCUGGCAGAUGAAGCUAUUCUGGCCUUGGCAGAAGACACCAAAUCAAGGAUGGCGAUCACUACAAUUUUCACUGUGGCCAACAGAUAUGGUGAUUACAUACGCAUGGGGUGGAAAAUAAUUUUUGAGUGUGUGCUAAUCCUUCACCAACUUGACCUUCUACCAGCUGGACUUGCUAGUGAUACAGCUGAUGAUUUAGAGCCAUCUUCUGACUUGCAGCGGGUCAAAUCUGCACCAAGUUCUUUGUCAUCGCUCCGCCCAUCAUCUGGAAUCAUACCUCGGAAAUCAUCGGGUUUCAUGGGCCGUUUCACCCAGCUGUUAUCUUUUGAUAUAGAGGAGCCCAAGUCUUUGCCAACCGAGGAGCAGCUUAGAGCUCAUCGUCUCACUCGUGAAGCAAUACAAAGUUGUCACAUUGAUAUGAUAUUUGUAGAGAGCAAAUUUCUCCAAGCAGAGUCUUUGCUCCAUCUCGUGCAGUCAAUUAUCCUGGUAGCCAGUCGUCUCUCUAGGGAAGCCAGCUUCUCCAUGGAAGAUGAAGUGGGUCCUGUGUUCUGUUUGGACCUUUUAAUUGCAAUUGCACUGAACAACAGAGACAGAAUCAUGCUUAUCUGGCAAGUUGUAUAUGAACAUAUUGCAGCUAUUGUUCAGUCAACCAUAAUGCCAUGUACCCUUGUAGAGAAAGCUGUGUUUGGGCUGCUAAGGAUAUGCCAGCGGCUGUUACCCUACAAGGAAAACCUGACUGAUGAGCUGCUGAAGUCUCUGCAGUUGAUAUUAAAACUUGAUGCUCGAGUUGCCGAUACUUAUUGUGAGAACAUAACAAACGAGGUUAAGCGCAUGGUGAAGUCGAGUGCAAUCCAUAUCAGAUCCCAUCUUGGCUGGCGUACAAUCAUUUCCCUUCUAUCUAUUACCGCUAGACACCCUGAAGCAUCCGAAGCAGGAUUUGAGACGCUAUCCUUUAUAAUGUCGGAUGGUUCACACCUUUUGCCAUGUAACUAUAUUCUCUGUGUUGAUGCAGCAAGACAAUUUGCCGAGUCCCGGCUGGGUGAUGGUGCUCACAGGUCAAUCUCUGCCCUAGAUAUGAUGAUGGGAUCUGUUGUCUCUCUGCAAAGAUGGUCUUCUGAAGCCAAGAAUGCAGCAGUAGGGGAGGAAGCCGCUGUGAAGUUAAGAGAGGAUAUUGGUGAGAUGUGGCUGAGAAUGGUGCAAGCAAUCAGGAAACUGUGUUUGGACCAAAGGGACGAAGUGAGGAACCGCGCCAUUCUAAUGUUGCAAGGGACAGUGGCAGGGGUAGACGGAAUUAACCAAUUCCCUAUUGCCAAGUUGUUCCAGUUCUUUGAUCUAGUGAUCUUCACAUUGCUCGAUGAGUUACUGGAAAUAGCAUUGGAGAGCUCUCCUAAGGACUAUAAGGAAAUGGAGGUAACACUUGUGCUGGCCAUGAAGGCCAUGACAAAAGCAUUUCUACAGCAGUUGCAAGAUCUGUCGCAGCAGCCUUCCUUUUGUAGAUUGUGGUUGGGUGUUCUAAAUCGGAUGGAGAGAUAUUUGAAGGCAAAGUUCAGAGGAAAGCGAAGUGAGAAGAUUCAUGAAUUAGUACCAGAGCUUCUUAAGAACAUCUUGUUGGUGAUGAAGACGACUGGUGUUCUCUUGCCUAAUAGUGAUGAUAUUGCUGGGGAUAGCUUUUGGCAGCUGACAUGGUUGCAUGUAAAGAAUGUGUGCCCUUCACUACAUUCAGAAUUAUAUCCUGAUGACGAAAUGGAAGCAAAUCAGAAAGUUUCCGAGGGGGUUCCAGCAGGAGAUCAUGCUGUCAUUGUUCAAUCAACUGCAUCCCUAACAUGAAGCCUAAACUCUUUUGGGAGUUCUGCUGCACAGGUUCAAACAGUCACUGCAAUGUAGUAAUUUGUUGAUUUCAAAACCUUUGAAGUAAUGUUCCUGAAUCCUGAGGUUCCCCUUGAUUGCUAGAUGUUCAUACCUGUGAAGAAAUAUAAAAUGCCUGAAAUUCAUUCAUGAUAGUUUUUUUUUUUUUUUCUCUUCUUUCUUAUAGAGGGUCUCAACCUGUCUAGUACCUUCAAUUUUCCGGAUUCCUUUUUCUCUCCUAACUUAGUAUACUUGGCUCCUGUUUCUGUACUCUUUACUUUCUAGGAGCUUAAUUUUUUCCUUAGAUCAUUAUAAAAACACAAGAGGCUGUGAAGCUAGUCUUCUGUUUGUUGUCCGCUCAUACUUUACAUUCUGAGGUUUAUACCAGAUGCUUCGUUAUUAUUUACGGGGUGAAGUAUACCAGCUAGAGGGUUCUCUGUUCAUGAUUUGCAAGCUAAUAAUGUGUACAUAAAUGAUAAAACUAGAUGAAAGAAAUGCAGGGAAUUGUGCAUGGUUUCCGUUUUUCCUUGUUCAUGGUGUAAAUGAAUUUUGCAUCUGAUUGUGUAAGGUUUGCAGUUUCGUGGCCCCGGAUUAGUUUGUCCGAGAAAAGAAAUCUGAGUCUGGAGUAGCAGUUUGUGUGAAGAAAUAAUACUCUUGGGCGGGAUGCUUGCUUGUCGAAGGAAUCAGAGGUUUGUUUGUUCCUCCGUUGUUUAAGCAGGAAUUAGAGGUUUGUGUGUUUCUCCUCUUCUGUUGAGACUUUAAGCAGACGAUCUGAUACUGGAAAUACUAAUUAGAGUAACACAAUGGCAUGCUAAUUGUAUAGUUAUUCUGGUGUUGCUGUCAUAGAUAGGGUGUAGCAUUUAGGGAUGUUGGGACUAGGAUGGAAGAGGGGUUGUAUCGGCGAAGGUACUAGCUAGGUUAUGAAGUUGACCGGGGCUGGGAGGUUAGCAGUGUUGCUUUGCAUCAUACUUGGUUUGGUCAGCUAUUCAGUUUAUUUGGUGAAGAAGCCACAGAAAGCAGUCAAUCGGUCUUUUCCUCUGCUGCCCGUAGGUGUCCUCUAUACUAUUUGGCUGUAAGAAGUUUUUUUGGAGGGGCUGGAUAUUUGAAAAGUGUAAGCAGCUGGGGUGCUCAAAUGCUGUUUUACCAAGAGACAGUAGGUGCCUACUUUUAUGUAUUUCGAUUCUCUCCACUCAUCAAGACCAACAAAAGAGAGCCACCCCAAAGCCCAUAUCGUCGACAAAUCGGGUUCCGUAGGGGCCGGAAAAUGUUCUGUGAGACAUCAAACAUUUGUUUUGAAGAUUGUGAUGGUACGCAACGGAGGGUUGGGAUCGUGUAAUGAUAAAUAUCAUUGUUAUAA